AUAUUCUCUUCUGUAUAUUGUUUCUGCCCAUUUAUUCCUUCUUCACUAUAGUUUUCUCUCCAUCCCCUUUGUAUAUUCUCACGCUCUCUUGUAGAGCACGAUUGCCCCUCCUCCUCCUCCCUUCCUCCUGUAGAAGCUCCCUCCCUCCUGUAGAAGAUCCCUCACACCCUCCCUCCCUCACUCCUGUAUUAGUUCCCUCACACCCUCCUUUCCUCCUGUCGAAACUCCCUCACACACACACUCACUCCCCCUCCCUCCUGUAAAAGCUCCCUCACACACUCACUCUCUCUCCCCCGGAUAUAAAUUCCCCCACUCACUCUCUCCUUACCUACCUCCCUCCCUCCUCUAGAAGCCCUCUCACUUUCUCUCCUUCCCUCCUGCAGACGUUCCUUCAUUCUCCCUCUCGAUCUCUCCCUCCCUUCUGUAUAAGUUCUUUCAUUCUCUCCCUCUCCCCUCCCCUCUGUAUAAAUUCCUUCAUUCUCUCUCUGUCUCUCCCCCUUCUGUAUAAGUUCCUUCAUUCUCCCUCUCUCUGCCACCUCUGCGGAGUUCUUGCUCUGAACAGGCAGUGCCGCAGGCAGCCCGACCUCUCAUCGAGGACCCCGGUAACCAUGGUGCGCAAGCUGAAGUACCACGAGCAGAAGCUGCUGAAAAAAGUCGAUUUUAUCUCCUGGGAGGUGGACAAUAACCUGAGCGAAGUGAAGGUGCUACGCCGGUACCGCAUCCAGCGCAGAGAGGAUUACACCAAGUACAAUAAGCUGAGCCGAGAAGUUCGAGAAUUGGCACGCAAGAUCCGAGACCUUAAUGAGAAAGACUCCUUCCGAGUCAAGUGCACUAGCCGACUAUUGGAAAAACUAUACUCAGCAGGCCUGAUCCCCACAAAGCAAGGUCUACACCUUUGUGAGAGAGUGUCAGCAUCAUCUUUCUGCAGGAGGCGUCUCCCCACUAUUAUGGUGAAACUUCGGAUGGCUCAGAAUCUAAAAGCAGCAAUUACCUUCAUUGAACAAGGACAUGUGCGAGUUGGACCAGAAGUAGUAACUGACCCAGCCUUCCUGGUGACCAGAAAUACGGAAGACUACAUAACCUGGGUGGACUCCUCAAAAAUCAGACAACAUGUAAAAGAGUACAAUGAAGAGGUAAGAAUUAUGUUCUUAAUAACUUACUUAAAUCUAUCAAAUGCUUUCUUUUUUUGGAUUAACUUCUGCCUUAAAUGGGUGGGAGGAUCUGCCCUAGUGCAGAUCCUUAUGCAACAGCAAAUGGUGAACUUGGAGAUGUUGCAAAUGCUACAUCCUCCAGCUUGGAAGGAGCCAGAUGCAUUAAGCUUCAUGGUCAUUUUCACAGCCACAGGCAGCGCUUGGAGGCUACAGCUGGGGCUGCAGCAGGUGGUCGAUUUCAGGGAGAAUGCUCUUAAUAAAGUGGAGGUAUAUGACAUACCGUUCUCAGUGAGGCUCAGCUGGGAGAAUUGCUUCCUGAGCACCCUGGGUAGCUACAUUAUUACCUCCCUCUGA